UCAAAGAUGCCUUCACCCAUGCCCUGAGCACCUCCACAACGACAUCACAAAGGGACAGAACACAGCAGAGGAGACUAUGAAAGGCAGAAAGGGAGCAGUGGUUGCCAGGCAACUGGCCUUGGCCCACCUCUGUUUGCUUUGGUGGCAGCAAUGAUAAGUCUGGGCUGCUUGGCAAUGUCAAAGGCUUUGCCUCUCAACAGUCACUUCUGUGAGUAGACUACAGUUCUGGUCACCUGGCAGGCUCUUCAGCUUAGGCUCAUUGACGUGUAGGACCUGGAGGAUAACCCUGAUUUGCUCUCAAGGCACGGAACCAUUAGCAGCAGAAACAGGUUAAUAUGCGCCAAAUAAUAUUCUACAAGGACUUGUGGAAGGAAGAGUUCUGGGAGAACCCCUGGGAAGUAGGGGGCCUUAUAGUCAUCGGCUUGUUUGUUGGCACGUUCCUGUUCUUCAUCUUGUUUGCUGUUCUGUUUGGUUUUUUCUCUCCGUCGGAGAGGAAAGAAUAUGAAGAGGAGUGACCUGACUUCCUGGGGGCCAGAAGGCAGUGGGUUACAGGUGACUUGACCUGUUCACCUCAUACAGAUGGUGGCCCCUCUGGUCCCUGACUCAGGGCCUAAAUCCCUGUUGUGAUCUUACCUUGC